AUGAAAUUGGACCCAAACACCAGGAGGUCAAACAUCCUCUGUGAAUUCCAUCAAGAAAGAGGACACAAGACCGAAGAUUGUAUAGGUCUGCGGCAGGAAGUAGUUAGGAUGUUAAACCAGGGGUACCUAAAAGAACUGCUCACCGAUAAAGGGAGGGCCAACUUCGCCAGAGGAUGCGAUCCAUCUCAAAGACCUCCAAAGCCACCAUCGCCAACACGCACCAUACAAAUGAUCAUUAGCGGUGGCGACAACACGGUAAUCAACCAUGUGAAAUUCACCACCACACAUAAACUCAAACGGACGGUCGCCCACGAAAGAUAUGAUGACCUCGAAGACAGUAUCAUCUCCGAUAAUUCAGAUGCCGACGAUUUGUCUUUCCCUCACUAUGAUGCUUUAGUUAUAACUUUACGCAUCGCUUAUACAGAUGUAAAAAGAAUCAUGGUAGAUGACGGAAGCAGUGCGUUAGAGCGGACAUUCGGAGAAAUAGUGCUGUCUGUCCUAGCAGGAGAAGUCACACUGGAAACAACAUUCCAUAUCAUGAACCAGGAAACAGCCUAUAACGCCAUCAUAGGGCGACCAUGGAUACACGCCAUGCGAGCCGUCCCCUCAAGCUUCUAUCAAGUGAUCAAAGUUCCUACCCCGUGGGGAAUAUUCAGCAUCCGAGGCGAGCCACGUACCACCCAAGAAUGCUAUCGAAUCGCCCAAGAUUGCAUGCACACCAAAUAA